AACUGACUCAUGGGAUAUUUUCAAUAUGGCUUCCAAAAUGUUAUGAAUACAUUUAUACAUUGUUGUUAUAACUGAAUUUUUGAAAACUUUGCUGUAAAUAUGACAAACAAAGAAUUACAAAUAGAAGAACUGGAGGUAUUAGAAUCAAUAUAUGAUGGCGAUGAAAAUUUUAGAAAAGUUUCUGAUAAUAAAUUUCAAUAUAAGGUGAAAAAUGAAGACGAUUCAAAAUCUUUCUUAUUGGAAAUAAUUUGGAAUGAAAAUUAUCCUAGUGAAAUUCCAAUAAUUAAUUUAGAUGCUUUUUAUAAUAAACAUCUUCUUCCAGAAGUCAAAAACUUAAUAAUUUCAAGAUUAAAUAAAGAGGCUAAUAUGUUGCUGGAUACAGCAAUGACUUACACUUUAUUUGAAUUUGCAAAAGAAAAUAUUCAAGAAUUUACUGAUAUGCAGCCAGAUAACCUAUUACCAAAUGUAAAUGGCAAUGAAGAACUAACAGUGGAUAAAACUCCAGAACCACAGAUUUCGAGCAAGAAGGAAAAAAAGCCAAAACUCACAAAACAACAGAAAAGAAAAUUAGCCAAUCGAGUCAAUACCGAUGGUGAAUUGCCAAGAGGUUGGAACUGGGUGGACGUGGUGAAACAUCUCAGCCAAAUCGGUUCCGGUCCAAAAGUCAGCUCUUCGCAGGCGACAAAUUCCUGAGACUAAACCAAAAUGUGUAUAGUUUUAAAAAAUUUAAAUUAAUUCUUAGACGAAAAUUAUUAAAAAAAUACGUUAUUGAUGUAAGUAGUUCUAACAUAGUUUAUUUUGGUAAUAAUCAUAUGAUACCGGAAGACUGUAAACAAAAUUUUACUGAAAUAUAUUUAUAAAAUAAUAA